CGCUGGUAUAAUUCAGCGGACUAUAAACGGGAAGUAUGGGCCACCUGUGAGCGCCUGAUGGAUCAUCUUAACCAGGCGCUGCCUUGGAAGUUGGCCUGGUUUGGCGGCUGGGAUCAGUGGCCAGCAACUACUGUCGAAAGCAUUCAGAUGCAGUUAUAUCUCCUCAGAAGGGACAAAUAUUAUCGUACGUUGGUUGUGCCGAUCACGUCGCACAUUCCUUCAUUCGAAACUGAAAGCAUACUUCCGAUGAUUCUACAAAACACGGGUGUUGAUUUGCUUUCGCCUCCGGAUUACUCACGAAUUCUGGCGCAUGGCUUUGCAGAAUUGAUCAAAAACCACUUGAUGGGUCGCAGGGCAUCUGCGCGGCUCUCAUGCCGAUGCAGAUUUUGCUUUAGCUCACGCUGCUCACUGCGAAAAGCAAUGCUGUUGCCUGAAAAGAUUCAUUCAAACGAUAGAUCCUUCGAAGGGAAGAAACUGACUGAAAAAAUGAUGAAGCAGCAGCAGAUCACAGCGUAA